AUGGGUGGUUCCGGCUGCAGUGCAACAGCAAUGAGGUGUCUGUACACCCGAAGGCAGCAGCAGCGGCAGCAGCAAAGAAUUAGUUUUUUUACUCCCCUUGCUGCAGCAGAUUUGCUGCGAGCGCAGCAGCAGUGGCAGCAAGCCUUCAAGAAAUAUGCUGCUGCUGCUGCUGCAGCAACAGCAGCAAGAAGCAGCAAACUACGCUCUAUAGCGCUGUCAAGGUUGGCUGUUUGCUGCCUCGAUGCUUCUGGCGAUUGUUCUGCUGCUCCAGCAAGAGCUGCCUUGAAGCCACAAGCAGCAGCAGCAGCACCAGCAGCACCAGCAUCAGCAGCAGCAGCAACAGCAACAGCAGCAGCAGCAGCAGCACGACACAGCAGAUCCAAUCGUCGGCUCUCUUGUGGUGCUGCUGUAAGACGGCCCUGGACAAUCUCUGCUGCGCCAUUUGCUGCAGCACGAGCAGCAGCAGCAGCAGCAGCAGCAACUGCUGCUGCUGCUGCUGCUGCUUCUGCCUCCUCAAGGAAGGGGGUAUCUGUGGGGUCUCGCGAGUUGCUGCUGCAGGAGGCCCUACAGUUUGCUGCUAAAGCCCUACGAUACAACCCCAAUAGCAUUUUAGGGCUGCAUGCAGCAGCACAAGCAGCGCUGCUGCUGCAGCAACCGCAUGCAGCAGCAAGUCUAGCAUCGCUGCAGCUGCAGCGCCUCAAGCAGCCAGGACUAUUCACUUUGCUGCGCCGAUUUAAGCAGCAGCAACAGCAGCAACAGCAGCAGCAGCAAGAGCAACAAGAACAGCAGCAGCAGCAAGAGCAACAAGAACAGCAGCAGCAGCAACAGCAGCAACUGGGCAUUGGAGCCAUCGACCCCCAGGCUGCUGCUGCUGCGCUGCAGCAGCUCCGCGUAAAGUGGCGUCGCCGUCUGCCUGCAUAUUUGCUGCUGCAGCAGCAGCAGCAACAGCAGCAGCAGCACCAGGAGGAGGAAGGAGGAGCUUCAUGGAGAGAGACUGCACGGCUGCGCCGUCUCUUUGUUGCAGCAAGUCUCUUUGCUGCAGCGCGCGACAUACCAACAGCAGCAACAGCAGCAGCAGCAAGAGCAGCAGCAACAGCAGCAAGAGAGGCAAAUGCGCGGCAGCAAACACGUCGUUCUGUGCUGCGGUGUCUCGCGCUGCAGCAGCUGCUGCGUGCUGCUGCAGUGCAGCAGCAGCGACUCGGAGUAAUCUAUGCGGGUCUGCUGCUGGAGGCUUCUCUCAUGCUGCCCUCCAUCAGCAGCAGCAGCAGCCACAGCAGCAGCAGCAGCAGCAGCAGCAGCAGCAGCUUGCUGCUGUCUCCUUGGUGGAGAGACACGUCCUUAAUUGAAUAUAAAUUUCUGUGCUGCAGUUCGUUGUGCUGCUGCUUAACAAAGGAGACACAGCAGGAGACACGCCUACUGCAGCAACUUGCUGCAGCAAAACAAAACCUUCUAAGGGAGGAUGAGGAGACAUGCACAGACAGCAGCAGCAAUAGCAGCAGCAGCAGCAGCAGCAAUAGCAGCAGCAGCAGCAGCAGCACCGGGUUCAGCGCGGCUCUGCAGCGGUUCUUUGGAGAUGCUUUAAAGACAGCGGAGCGCGGUCCUUUUUCUUCUUUAUGCCUAUUAAGUGUCUCCUUUUUAUCCCUCCGCUGCAGCAAAGAAGCAAAGGAGACACUUCGUCUCUCUAUAGACCUUAAUAAGCUUAUACAGCUAGCGCAGCAGCAGCAGCAGCAGCAGCAGUUGCAGCAGCUGCUGCCGCAGCACCAGCAACAGCAGAUUAUGCUGACGCAGCAGCAGCAACUGCAGAAGCAGCAGCAGCAAAAAAAGGCAGCAGCAGCAGCAGCAAGCCGCUACCACCGCAGAAACCUAGAGGAGACACGCAUGCUGCAGCAAAGGAGACACGUCAAGAGGGGUGGGGCCCCCCAAUUCUUCUUCCUUUAG